AACCAAAACAAAUGAAAGCAACGUCAAAUUUGCUCCAGUCGAAUACAUAAUCACAUUUCAUCAUUUGGAAAUAAAGCAAAAAUAGCAUUCAUCGCAAUGUCGAGUUUAUUGCGAGGUAUUGGAAGGCUUGUAAUUUGCGGCAGCCAGCGACUGCCCGUAUCCAGUGUCCCCAUCAACCAACUUCACACGACCAGCGCAUUGGCAAAGCAGUGGAACAGUCAUAACGCCGGAACACCGCAACGAUGGUUGAAAUACAACAAAGUCAUCUAUCCACCACAGGUACCGGGAGAGGAACCGAGACCGGCUUUUGUGUGUCACCAGAAAACCAACAUAAAGUACAGCCCUAAGAAAAUGUGGUACAUAGCUUCGUUUGUGCGCGGGAUGACCGUCGAUGAGGCCCUGAAGCAGCUUUCGUUUAUCGAUAAGAAAGGCGCCACGGCGGUGAAGGAAACGAUUCUGGAAGCGAUUGAUAUGGCCGUGAAACGGCACAAUGUUGAGUUCCGCACGAAUUUGUGGGUCGCGGAGUCGUUCUGCGGGAAAGGCCGCGUGUUCAAGGGAUACCGUCGCCACGGUCGCGGAAGGGCGGGCGAGGUUGAGUACAAGCAUUGUCAUUAUUUUGUUCGGCUGGAGGAGGGUUCACCACCGGAGAAUUACUAUCCGGGCAGGGAGCCGAAAAGUGGCGAGCAGAUGCUGGACGAAUGGAUUGAGUCGAUGCGCAAGCGGAAGGUUAUUAAUUCGUUGUAGAAUUUAUGUUAAUAAAGUCAUAAAUGAGUAA